AUGACCCUCGCCGGCGCCCGAAACAACACCGCCGAAGAACUCGCCGCCCUCCUGCACGUCAAAGACCACCAGGAGAAAAUUCACGACCUCUACGCGAAAUUUCUCAACAAACUCUCCAAAUUCGCCCCACACGUCGAGUUCCACGUGGUCAAUCGGAUGUACAGCGACCAACAAUUCCCGGUGCAAAAGAACUACCGUUCGCACUUGGAGAAGUCGUACGGCGCCACUAUCAGGUCCGUCGACUUUGUGAAAGACCACGAAGCCGUACGACUCGAAGCGAAUGCGUGGGUCUCGGAACAAACCGCAUCGAAGAUUCAGGACCUACUAGCACCUGGAAGCGUCGGUGCCAGUACUGCGCUAAUCUUACUGAACGCUAUUUACUUCAAGGGCUUCUGGAGGUCACCCUUCGACGCAGCCGACACGGCACCCCGUGACUUCCACCUCGACUCAAACAACACUGUGCAAGUGGACACCAUGUUCCAGGAAAGCGAGAGUUACAAAAUAGGCAGCUCCAAGGACCUCAGGGCCCGAGCCCUGGAGAUGCCUUACCGAGGUGGCAAGAUGUCCAUGGUGAUCCUACUUCCAGACGACGUAGAAGGCUUACCAUUUCUAGAAAAGCGCCUUUCGCCGGAGAGACUCAGCACACUUCUCGGAAGCCUACAGAGAAACGACAGUGUCCAGCUUAUUGUUCCCAAAUUCAAACUCGAACGUUGCCUCGUUCUCAACGACAUUCUCAAGGCCCUCGGUGUCGUGGACUUAUUUAGGCGGGGAGUCGCUGACCUCUCGGGGAUCUUCGAGGGCAGCAAGCCAGCGGUCUCCGACGUGGUCCACCAGACAUUCCUCCAGGUUGACGAGGAAGGCACAGAAGCAGCGGCUGCUACAGGAGUGACCUUGAUGCUGUGCUCCGCUGCGAUCAACAUGCAGCCGACGCACUUUGCUGUCGACCAUCCUUUCAUGUUCAUAAUCAAGACUAAUGAGCCAGAUAUAAUCCUCUUUGUUGGCUCAGUGAGGAAACCGUGA